AUGGAGGAGGAGGAGCAAAGUGAAUCGCGCAUAUUUGUGUGGUGGGAUGUACAGAGUUGUGUCGUUCCAAGAGGUUACGACCCUCUCCGAAUCUGUGGGGCCAUAAAAUCAGCGAUGGAAAGUUUAGGGUUUUGGGGUUCUCUACAAGUUGCGGCAGUUGGAGACGGGAAAAGGAUUACUAAGGACAUGGUCGAAAGGUUUAUAGCUACUGGGAUAGAGUUUGAAUCUGUGGAUAUGGAAGUAGAGCACGGCAACCAGUACAGGAUCUUCAGCAGCAUUGAUAAAUGGAAAAGGUUACAGUAUCCUCCGGGUACUGUAGUUGUUGUUAUCAGCAGUGACUCUGGUUACCGUCCGAUUCUUCGCUCAUUGAGAGAGUCCGGUUUUAGGACUGUUAACUUUUCUAAACCGGAUUGGUACAAGGUUCUCGACUUGGGUCCUCGUCUGGAUCCCAGACAAUAUGGUUUUGCUCCUAUUCUGGAGGAGGGGUAA